AUGAAAUAAAAGAUUACAUCAUCGUUGAUAGUAUUCUUAAUUUGUUUGCUGACAGUAAAUGGCAAGUCAGUAGGAUGCUGUAAUUAAUAAUCUCAUAAUUAUAGCUUCUAAAGUGGAGUCAUUAUAACUUUUUCCUUCAAUGGGAGAGAAAUUGUAAAUUAAUCUUCGAGAAAAACUAUUUGAGGGAGAAGACCUGACUUUCGAGUUAUAAGACACAUAUUUUAAGAUAAUUAAUCCAGUUGAAAAUACAGGUAGCAGUUCAAGCCAUAUAAAAAGUAAUUUUUACAUUUAAUCUAUUUAGCUGCUAAUAAUAUUAUAGCAUCAAAGCCUUAUCACACAAAAAAAAUGUAAUCAUGGUUGAAUUCAUUCGUAUUCUUGGAUUAAAGUUCAACAGAAGUGUCCAUUUUCUUUUCUGAAGGGUAAUUGUCUAUAUAGAAAUUAGAACUGCAUUAGAUAAAAUUCCAACUCCAGAUUUCAAGACUAGAGUAAAAAUAACUAAUGUGGUUGAUAAUAUCCAAUGUUAUGAUAUAGAAUACAUUGACGAUGACAAAUUUAUUGUAGAUUGUUAAAAAGAAGUAUUAGUUAAGCAAAUCAAAAAAUAAAUUGAUGUAUUCUAUAUUUACUCAAAAAAAUCAAACCUUGUUACAUCUUUUGAAGAAGAUGCAACUGCUAAAUUAUUUAACAAAAGGCGUAUUGGGUUAUUCUAUUCCACAAGUGCAUUAGAAAAGGAAACUAUUUACAUUGUUAGAGUUACACCAACAUUUUCAUUGCAUCCAACAGAGUAACUUUCAGGUGAUUCAAUGGUAUAAGUUUAUGCUUUGAGUGAUAAUUAUGAACCUGUAGCUAGAAACUAUAUUUUAGAUAAUAUCACAAUGGCAUUUUUAUUAGGAAAAACUGAUAUGGAACUUUCAAUAGUAGAUUUUGAGAUUUCUUAUAACGGAUUUAUUUUCUUAUUAGAUGCUCAAUAUGGUCUGUUUGUAGUAAGAUUCUAACCAACUGGAAAAUGGGAAUUGUUUGCAUAAGCUGAUUUUUAAUUAGGAAGAUCAUUUGCUUUUGAUAUUGAUUACGAACAUAAGAAAGAUGGUUCUGAAUUGGGAAUAGUAGCAGUUCUUGGUUAUAAUUUCUUUGCUAUUUUUGAUGCAGAAAAAUCAUAUAUACAUGAACUUCCAUUUUUAUAAUUAGAUUAUCCAGCUUCUAUUAAGAUAUCAUAAGAUAAUAUAAUUAUUAGAAAUUAGAAUAUUGCUUAUUUCUAUAAAAUUAAUGUUGACAAAGAUACAAUCUACCUUAAUUAUAAAAUAGAUAUACCCCCUACAGAUCAUAUAUUGGUAAAUCCAUAAGAACCAGAAUUUAUUUAAUUAAAUAUAAGAAAUUCAUACAGAUAUACAAUUUCAGAUGGAUAUUUGUAUUAUCCUGGAAGUGAUAAAGUAUAAGAAAAGUAAAUAGUUGGUAUAAAGGCAAAAGCUCCAAAUAAGUAAGAAUGCAUAGUUUUUCUUUUCUAUUAAAUUGUUUAGGAUAAUGAUAAUCUAAUAUAUUAAUUAUUUGAUAAACCAAUGCCUUUUCCAAAUACAAUAGCUGAGGGUUAAACUUAUUCAAUUUUGAAAAGGUUAGCAUCUGGUCCAAAUCUUGAUUAUCAAUUAAAACCACCAGCUUAAUUAGAAGCUAUAAAUAUUAAUGCUAAUUUUGAUUCAAGAGUUUAUUUGAAUUUAAAUCAUGAAUAACCAUAAAAUAUCAUAUAUGCAGAAAUAGUUUCAACAAUAGAUAAUACUUUAUUUUAUUAGGUGUUGUAAAGUCAAAAUCUGAAAAUUUAAGUUUUGAGUUGUGUUCAUAAUUCUAUUUACAACGAUGAAACUUUUUGUGAAGUUUAUGUUGAUGAUUUAGGAAUUACAAAUAAAGUAACCAAAACUAACUUUUCAAUUUGGAAUAAAGAUGGAAUAUUAUUUUAUAUGUACAUUAAUGAAGAUUAUAAUGUUGUAAUAAAAUCAAUCGAUUAAGGAAAAUUAAUCCCAUAAAAAACAAUACGAUUAGAUCCAACAGACACUGCAAAUAAGAUUUAAAACAUUUUAAAUUGUGGAAAUUAUCUUUUAGUUCAUUUAGCAAAUAAUGACAUUUAAACAUAUUUAACUUAUGGAGAUAUACUUUUUGUACUAACAACUUUAAAUAAGAAUUCAUUUUCUCAUUAUGGUUAUAAUGAAGAUUGGUAACCAAAUGCACUUUUCACAAACAAAAAGUUGCAUCCAAACAUUGUAUUCAUACUUCACCAAAAUCAUAUUUUGAUGUUAGAUACAGAUUAUGGUUUAUUUUCUUUCAUUAAAACUAUUCCAAUAACUAAAAAUUUAGAUUAUACUAUUGCAAUAGGUUAAGAAACAUUCUUUGUUGUAUAAGGCAAAUCUAAUGAUACAACCUUAGAUGCUAAAAUAUAUGAAUAUAAUUUUGCAGAUAUUAAUCAUAUCUAUAAAUAAAAAGAACUUUAUUUAUACUGGUAUGAUAUAUCUACACCAAUAAAUGCUGACUAUAGUGAAGAGACUGGCCAUUUAUUUAUCCGAGGAGUUUGUUUAUAUUGCAAAAAAUCUUUUAUUUUGAUAUUUAAACCUAAUACUCCUUAACAUGAAGCUUUGGUUCAAGCUUGGCCUAUUGAUAUGGGAGUUAUUCCUGAUUCAAUACCAAUAUUAAUAGCUGCCAAUGGAUUCCGUCAAAUAUAUUUAUAUUUAAAUGUUAAAGAAAAAUAAUCACUUUAUGCAGUUUAUGAUUUUACAACCAUGAUUGUUGAUUCCACAAUUGAAUAAGAUAAUUAUUCUGAUAAAUAUCAAAUCAAUUUCUAGAUUAGCAAUUAUAAUUUCAAGAAUGUAACAGAGAAAUUCAAUACUAUUGAUAUUAAUUAAUAAGUUACCACUAUUUAUUCAUAAACAAAAAUUUAAUUGAAUGAAAAUACAUUCCCUUAUUCAUAGAGUGGAGUACAGAUCUAAUCAACUGAUGAGUCUGCAACCUUUAAAUUAGAUAAUAAUUGGUAUUCUGGUUAAAUUGGAAAUUUUGAAGUUGAUUGUGAUUAAUGUGAAACAAAUGUUGAAUUGUAAAGUUCUGUAGAUUUAAUUAAUCCUAAAAUUUUUAAUGGAUAUGAAAUCAAAGAUUAUGUCAAAUAUAAUGAUUAAAUGAAUGUUAUGUAGGCUACAACAGGCCUAUUAUUCUUAAAUUACUAAGAUGAUACCUUAGCUGCAGUUUAUGAUUUUGAUUUACCAAACUUUGAAUAUAAAUGCUAUUAAGCUACAGUAUCUGAAGAUAAAAUGGUUGUAUAUUCUUUAUGUAAUGAUGGAAAAGAAUUCACAGUUUAUGCUACUGGAUGUUUUUCUAUUACUGGUUGUUCUCCAUUAGGAGAAAAGUUUAAAUUAGGGAGAGCCUCUAAAAUUUAAGUUGUUUCAAAUGAACUCUUGGUUGUUUUGCAUUCAGAUUCAAACAAUCCUGAACUUAUUUAAGAUGGAUAAAUCUCUCUUUAUAAAAUUGUUAUGGGAUUAGAUGAAUGGAGAUUAGAACUUAUUGAAAACAUUAAUUUAAAUUAUUUAAAUUAAAUAUUACCUAUUCCUUUAAAGGAUUUCAGACCAGCUGACUUUUAAGUCGUUAAAUAAAUUGGUGUAAAUUAUGCUACAAAUAAAUCUACAUAUAAAUUAUUUAUAAGUGAUUCAGUUAAUGGUUUAGUAUUUAUUGAUUUCUCAUUUUUAAAAUUAUCUGAAUACUAAUUUAUAUCAAUUCAAACACUUAAUUUACACGAUUUUUUAAACAAAUAAAGUAAUUCAUAUACACUUACAACUACAAAGUUUUUAUCAUUCAAAUUCAUUUGGGAACCUGAUUUUGAUAUUAGUUCAUAAGUCUUGAGAACCUAUCUCAUCAUUUUGACUUCAGAUGCUUCAUAGUAUGGAUUAUAAUUAGUAUUUGAAGCUCAACCUUAAUUCAAUACACGUCUUUCUAUUACUUCUUUGACAUCGAUUAUCGUAAGAUAUGGAGAUUGGGUUCCAAUGAACAAAUUAACAAUUCAAAAUCAUCAUUUAACAUUAGCAAUUCCAUACAGAAAAUUAAAUUAAAUUGUUGUUGUUGUUUAUUACAUAAAUUUUGAUUUACUUAAAACAGUUGUUCCAAAUGUCAGUAUUGGAAGCUAUAGUAUUUACUAUGAAUAAAGUCAAUUGGCUGAUCCAUUAAAUUUAGCUUUGUUCUUCUCUAAAUAUAAUAAUAUCCUUUUUGUAUCCUAAUUAUAAGGACCACUAUAAAGUUAUGGAAUCUAUAAUGAACCUACUUUAAUUAUUAAGAACCAAGAUCAUGACUUAAAAAGCUAAGAUAUCACACUCAUUGCUAAAAAUGACUUUAGUGAAGAAAGAUUAAAUUUCAAAUUAAUUGUUAAAGAAGUUAAUCAUGAUGAAUGCAUUACCAAAAUCACAAAUAUUUAAAUUUACCCAUCUACUGAAGAAUUCUUAUAAUGGAAUUUAUCAUAAAAUAUAUUUGAAGGUGUUUCUUUGAAAUACACUUUAGGAGAUACAGAAGAUUUUACUGUUAUUCAACCUACUUCAUAAAUCGGUGACUCAAUAAAUCAUAAAAAAAGUAUAUAUAUAUAAAUAUAUAAAAUUAGAUGGAACAUAAAUAAUAUCAGGAAAAGCACUGUUAACUUAAAAUAGAGCCUGGUCUAAUCAAUUUGCAUUUUUAAAUAGAGAUGUCAAUAAAUAUUCCAUUUUCUACACAAAUACGUAAAUUAUUUAAUAUAUAAUAACUAGUCCAUCUAUUAAUACUGCUCCAUCAUUUAGUCAAGUUUUAAAUAUUUAAAAAACUGAUACAAAUCUUUAUUGCUUAGAUUUUGUUUAAUUAUCUUCUACAACUUUUGUUGUUGAUUGUUAGAUUUUAAAUAAUAAAUUCUUUUUGUUAAUUCAAGAUACUUAGGAAACAUCAACAGCAACAAUUACUAAUACAUAAUUAAAUAGAGUUUUAGGUACAUAUUAGGCAAAAGAUAGUUAAUAUGUUAUUAGAGUUACAUUAUCUAUUACAACUGAAGGUUAAUUAGCAAAUGAUUCUUUUGUUGAAUUGUUUUAAUAUCUUAAUGGACAAUUAUAAGCCAAAUAAACAUUAGAUAAAAGUCAAUUAUAGAAUAUUUAUGGAAAAUAAAUUGAUUAAUUGAACAUUGUAGAUUUCAAAAUAGGAUUGAAUGGAUACAUUUAUUUAUUAGAUGCCAAAUUAGGAAUAUUUGUUGUCAACUUUGAUACAUAAUGGAAAUUCAUAAAAUUCAUAAAUUAUAAAUUUGGUUAAGCUUUUGCUUUUGAUAGGACUUUACUUAGAAAUAAGGAUGAAGCAUUUGUAAUUUAAGGAUAUAAUUAUUAUGUGAUAAUUGAUUCAGAUGGAAAAACAUAAAAAGUAUAGGAUUUAUAGUUUAGUACUAUCACAUAUCCUUAAGUUAUUUAAGCAAGCGCUAAUUACAUUUAUGUCAACAAUUAAAAUAAUUUAUAUGUUUAUCAUUCAGAUGAUAACAAUAGUGGUUUAAUUGAUAUUAUUGAUUUAACUAAUAGUAUUUCAAUCACAAAUCCUUUUAUUCAAGAAAUUGUGACUAUUUCUUUGACAUCAUCAGCCAGAUGGAAUAUUAGUUUAGGAACACUUAAAUUUAAUGGAGUAAAAAAAGCAUCUUAAGGAUUCUAAAAUUUAAUCAUUUAAGCUACUUCAUAACAUCAUUUAACAUGCUAUUCUAAAAUCUAAUAUUAAAUAAUUGAAAGUAACAGCAAAGCUUUAAUCACUAAAAAUAAAUCUGAUUAACCAUUCCCACAAGUUUUUGAUGAGAUCUUUGAAUAAUUUUAAUUAGGUAACCUUAUUUCUGGACCAAAUCUUUUCUAUAGUAUAACAUUACCAAAAACACCACUUGAUUUUAGUGCUUAAGUUGUAUAAAAUAGAGAAAUAUAAGUUACUAAUUGGCCUAAAAAUCCUUUAUUCAGUACUGAAUUAGUUGGAAAUGAUGGAGAAACCCUAUAUUAAGUCUUCUAAACUUAAGACAAGAUGUUAAAAAUAUAUCUUUGUGUGUUGACAGAUCAUAUUAAAUAUGUUUGUAAAGAUUAUGGAAGCUUUUAAUUUUAAGAAACAAUAACAGAAUAAAUAUUCAGCAUUUGGCAAGAUAGCGAUAAUAUUGUUAGAUUUAUCACCAUAUCAUCAUUGAAUAAAAUUUAAUUAUUUUCAAAUCCAGAUGGUGUUAUAAUUGAAGGUAAAUCAGUCACAUUUACAGAAUAAAUAUUAAGUAUUUUAAAUUAAGGAGAUUAUUUAUUUAUUUUGGAGAAGAAUGGCAUAUUAAACAGUUAUUUAAGUGAAGAUUUAACCUUUAUCAAUAGUAUAACUGGAACUUAAUUAAUUGGAUUUGGUGGCUUAUGGAAACCUUUAAAAUUAUAUGGAAAUAGAAUACUUAAAUCUAAUAUUGUAUUUGUUUAAAAUGAAAAUAAUAUUGCUAUCAUUAAUUAUAUUAAUAGAGAAUUCAUAUUCAUUUAAUCUAUGGAUUAUACUGUGAAUAAUUAAAUAUAUAUUUCAGCUGCUAAGAAUACAUUCUUUGUAGUUAACAACAAAGAAAUAUUUGAAUAUAAUUAUGAAAACUUAUUGAAUAUUUUCAAAUCAAAGACUGUCGAAUUAUUUGGAUAUUAAAUUGUUAAUCCUUUAGUUGUUACAUCUUAAUAAUCAACUGGUAAUUUAGUUAUCAAAACUACUAAAGCAUAAGAUGUUUAUUUAAAUAUAUAUAGGGCAUCCUAAAUAUAACAUGAUACAUUCUAUUUAGCAUUUAAAUUAAAUGGUAUAAAAUAAGAAGAUACAUUUUAAUUAUCAUUAGGAGGUUCUUCUUAUAUAAUAACUUUUGCCAAUGGAGACAAGAUUUAGUAAUUAAACUUUAUUCUACUUAAUCCUGAAUUGAUUGUAAUUCCAUCAAAAACAGUUUAAAAGUUUGUUACAGGCUUUUAGGUAAUAAUGGAUAUAAUGAAUGGGGAUGAUAAUACCUAGAAAAUUCAUUAUGAAUAAGGUGUGAAAGUGGCAAAUACUUUUACAAAUUUGAUUGUUAAUGAUGAAGAAUAUUUAAAUUCAAUUGAAAUAAAUGAAACAGAUGGACCAACAGAAACAGCCAUAAAAUCAGAUUGGAUAGGUGGAUAAAUAAUAAAUACAGAAUUAUCUUUAGAAGCAAUAAAUGAUGAUAUUACACUUUUACCUUUUGUAAGUUAAGAGAAAGGAGUUCUAAUGGAUUACUAGAUAUAUGAUGUAUCUAAACCAUUCGCUGUUACAUUUUUAUAGGCUUCAAAUACUGUAUUAUCAUUUAAGGGUGAUGACUUGAAAAAUGCUCAACCGAUUUUACCAAAAUUAUCUGAAUAAUAUAAAUGUUAUAGAUUAGAGGCUGAUUUAACUAGACUCUAUUCAUUAUGUAAUAAUGGUGUAGAAGAUUAAAUAUAAAUAGGAGUUUGUAAUGAUAAAUAAGAAUGUGUAAGAUAGAAUAGUUAUAUAUCAUCACCAUUUGCAACUUAAAUUGGAAUUUUAGCUUAAGAUGUUGUUGUUAUAUUACAUACAGAUUCUUUAAAUCCUGAAAAUUAUAAUGGAUAUAUUACUAUUGAAAAAUUAGUAUCUAUUGAUGGAAUCUGGUAAUCUAAUCUAUUAUUUACUAUUGAUUAUAAUUUCAUUUCUGAUAAAAUGGGAGCAUAAGCACCUUAAUUAUUUAGACCAUCUUCAUUUGUACAUUCUCCAACAGGAACUAAUACAACUCAUUAAUUUUUAUAAUUGAUCAUUACUGAUAGUGUAAAUGGGUUAUUGUUUGUUGAUUUAACACUUUCAAAAACAACUUAGGAAGUAAAGUAUCAAUUUUCAGAAUAUUAACUUUUGAAAGAUUGGCUAAAUGUUAAUUCAUAUGCAAGUGAUCAAACUCAUUAUUAUUAAGCAUAAAGUAUAAGUUAAUAAAUUGAUUUACCAAACAAAAAAACAGUAAGAUUAGUCCUUGUAACUGAUAUUUCAUCAUCAUAUUUGUUUGAAUUAGUAUUUAUUAUACAAGGCAAUAGCUCAAAUAAAUUAAGUACAAUAAGAACAAUUGUUGCUUUAAAUAGGUAUGGUAAUUUCAAAGCAAUGAACUAUGUUUCAGCAUCAUAAUCUUCAAUAGCAAUCCCAUACUUUAAUAACUUAGAGGUUGUAAUUGGACUUUAUAAGAUCCCAACAGAUUAAGAAAAUACUGCAGUUUAAACUAUAUAAGGCUCUCAUACAUUUGCUUAUUUUAAAAAUCAAAUAACACCUUAAGAUUUCUUACUUUAUAAUUCAGAUGAUUUAUUAUUAACAAGUACUUCAACUUUUGGAGUCUAUAAAAAUUUGGUAAGAUAUCAAUAAAUUUUGAAAUUCGGAGAACCUAAAAGAUUACAUAGUUAAAAAUUAACUUUAACAUUUUAGAAUGAUUUUAGAAGAGUGGUCAGAACAAUCAAUUUAUCAAUAGUACCUGUUGAUAAGGAUGAAUGUUUAACAAAAAUAACUGAUCUAAAGAUAUAUCCUUCCGAAGGAGAAGUUUUAUAAUGGCCAUUAACUCAAAACUUCUUUGAUGGUGUUUCUCUUAAAUAUAGUGUAGAUAAAAAUGAUUUUUCAAUUGUUUAAUCUUUAACUUAAGUUGGAAACGCAAUAAAUCAUAAAAAAAGUAUAUAUAUAUAAAUAUAUAAAAUUAGAUGGAACAUAAAUAAUAUCAGGAAAAGCACUGUUAACUUAAAAUAGAGCCUGGUCUAAUCAAUUUGCAUUUUUAAAUAGAGAUAAUAAUAAAUAUUCCAUUUUCUUCACAAACACGUAAAUUAUUUAAUUUAUUAUAACUAGUCCAUCAAUUAAUACUGCUCCAUCAUUUAGUUAAGUUAUAGAUAUUUAAAAAACUGAUACAAAUCUUUAUUGCUUAGAUUUUGUUUAAUUAUCUUCUACACUUUUUGUUGUUGAUUGUUAGAUUUUAAAUAAUAAAUUCUUUUUGUUGAUUAAAGAUAAUUCAGAAGUAACAACAGGAACUGCACCUGAAAAUACUUUAUUCUACAGAGCUUUAGGUACAUAUUAAAUUCAGAAUGAUUAAUUUGUUAUCAGAGUUUCAUUUUCAAUUACAAAUGAUGGUUAAUUAGCUAAUAAUUCUUUUGUUGAAUUGUUUUAAUUUACUGAAAAUGGUUUAAUAAGUAAAUCUACUCUAGACAAGAGUAAAUUAUCUAAUAUUUUUGGAAAAUAAAUUGAUUAAUUGAACAUUGUAGAUUUCAAAAUAGGAUAGAAUGGAUAAAUUUAUUUAUUAGAUGCCAAAUUAGGAAUAUUUGUUGUCACCUUUGAUAAUGAUUGGAGAUUUUCUAAACAUGUUGCUUCAAAAUUAGGCUAAACUUUUGCAUUCGAUAGAACAGUAUUAAGUAAUAAUCAAGAAAUGUUUGUAUUAAAAGGGUAUAAUUUCUAUGGAGUAUUAAAUUCAGAGGGAGAUAUUAAAAAAAUAUAAGAUUUGUCAUUUGCUAGUGUGACAUAUCCUUAAUACAUUAAAUUAAGCCAUAAUUAUGUAUUCUUACACAAUUAAGAAAAUCUUUAUAUAUAUCAUUCAGAUGAAAAGCAUAGUAGUAUAAUAGAUAUUGUAAAUUUUGCAAAUACAGCAGGAAUCAUAAAUCCAAAUAGUUAAGACUUAGUAAGAGUUUCAUUAACUUCAUCUUCAGCUUGGACUUUUAGUUUGGGAUAAUUACAAUUUAAUGGAAAGGCAAAAUCAAGUACCGAUUUCUAAUCUUUGACAAUAACAGCCAAAUCUUAACAUAAUUAAGAAUGUUAUUCCAGAUUAUACUAUAAAGUAUUGGCUAGCAACAGUGAGACAAUAUUCAAAAAGGUUGAAACUGAAAAACCUUUUCCUAAUGUUUUGGAUGAGAAUGAUGAAUAAAUAAAAUUAGGAAGCUUAGUAUCAGGUCCUCAUUUGAUUUAUGAAAUUGUUCAACCUAAAUUACCACUAGCAUUGUAUUCUAAACAAUUUUUAAGUAUGUCUGCAGAACCAGAUUUGGAUGUUGAUGCAAAGAUUGCACAUUAAAGAACAAUCUAAGUAACAAAUUGGCCAAAGAAAUCAUUAUAUUAAACAUCUUUAAUUGGUAAGAAUUAAGAAACUCUGUAUCAAGUUUUCUAAUAGGAAGAUAAAAAAAUUGUAAUUCAAAGUUGUUAAUUGAGUGAACAUGUUAAAUAUGAAUGUAAAGAUUUUGGAAAUGUAAAAGUAUAAGAAUAAUUAUCAGAUUAACUUUUUAGUAUCUGGCAAAGUGAUGAUAACAUAGUUCAUUUCAUUACAAUAGACACACCAUAUAUUAUUAAAUUCUUUGAAAUCUAAAAAGAUUAGACUACUUAGACAGGUUUAAUUAAAUUAAAUGAAAAUGAAGAGGAAGAUGAUUUUAAAUUAGUAGCUUUCUAAAAUCAAGGAGAUAUUUUAUUCGUUAUUUAAGCAAAUGGAAAUUUAUCUUCAUAUUCUGCAACUAAGUUUACAUUGAUUAAUUAAAUUACAGGAGAAGACUUGCUUGGAUUUUAAGGAGAUUGGAAACCAAUUAAAUUAUAUGGAAAUAGAGUUUUAAGAAAAAAUGUUAUUUUUGUUUAAAAUGAAAAUAACAUUGUUGUUAUUAAUUACAGUAAUGAAUUCAUUUAUGGUUCUUAAAUGGAAUAUACAAAAGAUAAUUAAAUUUAUAUAGCUUAAUCAACUAAUUCAUUCUUCUUAGUCAAUAAUUAAGAAUUGAUUGAAUAUAAUUAUGAAUCAAUUAAAAAUGUUUUCAAAUAAAAGACUGUAUAACUUCAUGGAUAUUAAAUUGCUAAUCCAUUAGGUGUUUCCUCACAUUUGUAAAGUGGUAUUUUGAUUGUUAGAACAUAAAAGAAUGAUGAAGUAUUUUUGAACAUUUUUAAACCAGAUUAAUUACAACUUGAUACUUUUUAUUUUGCUGUUAAAAUAAAUAAUGCUAAAACAGAUAGUCAAUUUGCAGUAUCUUCAAGUGGUUCAGAUUUAACAGAAUAAGCCUAUUUAGUAACUUUAGUUAAUGGUGAAUCUGUGUAAUAAUUAGACAUUAUUGUACUCGAUCCAGAAUUGAUUGUUAGUCCUAAUAAAAGGAAAUAAAAAUAUCUAAUAGAUUAUGAAAUUUCAAUUAAUAUUAAAAAUGCAGAUUCAAAUACAAUUGAUCCAUUAACAUUCACUUAAAAAGUCAAGGUAAUAAAUACAUUCACAACAUUAAUUGUAGAUGAUACAAAAUCAACUUCUUAAAUUGAUAUUGAAGCUAAAUAAAAUUCUACUACUAUUAAAUUAGCAAAUGGAUGGAUUAGUGGAUAAUAAACUGAAUGCACAUUAAAAUAAGAAAAAGCUAAUGAUAUAAUUUUAGAACCUUACCUUUAUCAAACUAAAAAAGAUAUACUACAUAAUUAUUAAUUUAAAGAUGCUUCAUCUUUCUAAAAUAAUGUCGUAUUUUAAGCAGUCAAUACAGUAUUUUUAAUGAAAGACAAUAAAUUAGAAGAUAGCAAAUCAAUUCUUGAAGUUUUACCUUAGGAAUAUGAUUGUUACAGAAUUGCAUCUUAUGGAAAUUCUAUAUAUUCAUUAUGUAAUAAUGGUGUAGAAGAUUAAAUAUAAAUAGGAGUUUGUAAUGAUAAAUAAGAAUGUGUAAGAUAGAAUAGUUAUAUAUCAUCACCAUUUGCAACUUAAAUUGGAAUUUUAGCUUAAGAUGUUGUUGUUAUAUUACAUACAGAUUCUUUAAAUCCUGAAAAUUAUAAUGGAUAUAUUACUAUUGAAAAAUUAGUAUCUAUUGAUGGAAUCUGGUAAUCUAAUCUAUUAUUUACUAUUGAUUAUAAUUUCAUUUCUGAUAAAAUGGGAGCAUAAGCACCUUAAUUAUUUAGACCAUCUUCAUUUGUACAUUCAUUGACUCACUCUUAUGUUGAUUUAUUAUUGGUUUAAUUUAUUAUUUCUGAUAGUGUUAAUGGGUUAGUCUUUAUUGAUCUUAGUAUUUCUAAGACUACAUUUGAGACCAAAUAUGUAUUUAUAGAAUAUUUAUUACUUAAUAAAUGGUUAAAUGAAAAUAAAUAAUAUGCUAAUGAUAACACCAAUUAUUAUUCAAAUAAGAUUAUUGAAGAAACAAUCAAUGAUAAAACUAAAACUAUUACUUUAGUAGUUGUAACUGAUAAUUCUUCGUCUUAUGUUUUCAAUCUAUAAUUUGCUAUUUAAGAUAAUUAUUCUAAUAAAUUGGCAGAUACCAAAGUUAAAGUUGCAUUGAAUAGAUAUGGAACAUGGAAGGCAUUAAAUACAGUAGCAGCUAAUAAACAUUCUGUUGUUAUAGCAUAUACGAAUAACUAAAAAGUUGUUGUUGGUGUUUAUCCAUUAUCUGAAAGUACUGUAUCUGUAAUAACUGGUUCCUUUUCAUUUACUUAGGCUGAAAAAUCCAAAAUAGAACCAACAGAUUUCCCACUUUAUUUACAAGUAAAAAAUAUAUAUUUAUAUUUUAGGAUUAUACUUUAAUAUCUAGUCAUGUAAGUAAAGGAUUAUAUCAAUAUGCAAUUGGAUAAGAUAUCAAUAUUAUAUUUGGAGAAAGUGCCAAACUUGAAAAUUAGACUUUGACUUUAACCUUUUCAAAUGAUUACUAAUCUGUCUCCAAAUAAAUUAAAUUAAAUAUUAAGCCUGACGAUGGAGGCGACGACGAUGGAGAUUCAAGUUCUAAUACUUGGUGGAUUAUACUUAUUUUUGUUGGAGGCAUUGUUGUUCUAAGUUUGUUAGGAUUUAUCUUUUAUAAAAAAAGAAAGGAAGAAGAUGAAGAUAAAGAAGAUUAAGAUACUGGAUAUGUUCCUGUAAAUUGAGUU